AUGCCACCAAUUCGCUCUCAAAAUCGUUCAAAAUUGAUUGAAAAAGAAGGUCGUAUCUUGCUUGCUAUCCAAGCUAUUAAAAAGCAGGAAAAGUUGUCAAUUACCGAAGCAGUACAACAACGCUCUAGCACCGGCUCAGCGGACGAGAAAACCGCGUCGAAUUUCACGCAACCUCCUUUAAAUUAA